AUGGGAACAUUAAAUAUUUCAAAUAAAAGUCAGAGUUUAAAAGACGAUAUGGACAAGGACUUAUAUCGGAAGUUGUGUAUUAAGAAAGACAAAACAGAAACCUCAAUGAGAAUGGAGAAUGAUAUUGGAAUAAAUUACACAGUCACAGUCGAAGCAGUCUUGGAACAUUGUUUGGACAUAAUAUUAGACAGUUUGAGAAAGCUUCAAAAUGCUUGGGAUAGAGAAAUUUACGUGUUUAAAGCUUCCGAAAGCUCACCAUACUGUUUGCAAAUGAAAGCUGAAGCUAGAUGA